CAGAGUCGAAAACAAGAAGGGGCACCAACACGCCCACGACGCCGAGCAAAGCGGAUUAAAGUCCCGCAGAGAUGGCAGGUGAGGCUGAGGACGACAUACCAGAGUCAGGAGCCGUUUUCACUUUUGGAAAGAGCAAAUUUGCCGACAACAUCCCGAGCAAAUUCUGGCUGAAAAACGACGUCCCCUUAAAAAUAGCCUGCGGCGACGAGCACACCGCCUUAAUUACAGAAAAUGGGAAACUCUUCAUGUUUGGCAGCAAUAACUGGGGUCAGCUCGGUCUGGGAUCCAAAGCGACCGUGAACAAGCCCACUUGUGUCAAAGCUCUUAAAUCAGAGAGAGUUCAUCUCGUGGCCUGUGGAAGGAACCACACUCUGAUCUGCACAGCUGAGGGAAAAGUGUUGGCCUCGGGCGGGAACAGCGAGGGUCAGCUGGGCCUCGGCGACUGCGAGGAAAGGACGUCCUUCCAGACCAUCCACACCUUUGACUCACACGGACCAAUCAAAAUGCUCGCUGCUGGCUCGAACACCUCCGCCGCUCUCACAGCGAGCGGUAAACUGUUCAUGUGGGGCGACAACACGGAGGGUCAGAUCGGUCUGGGGAAGGAGAGCCACGCCACCUCGCCACAGGAAGUCAGCGUGGGACGACCAAUCAGCUGGGUGUCCUGUGGAUACUACCACUCUGCCUUCGUGACAGUGGAAGGCGCUCUGUAUACGUUUGGAGAGCGCGACAGCGGCAAACUGGGUCUGGGCACCGAGCAGCUGCCGCGACACCGAGUCCCUCAGCUGGUGAAGAGCAUCAAGCAGCCGGUGGUGCAGGUGGCCUGCGGCGGGGGACACACGGUGGCGCUCGCAGAGGACGACCUGUUCACCUUCGGUCUCGGUCAGUUCGGGCAGCUCGGUCACGGGACGUUCACCUUCGAGUCGCGGCUGCCGCGGCCCGUCGAGCACUUCCGCAGGGGUCGAGUCUGUCAGGUGACCUGCGGGGAAAACCACACGGCCGUCGUCACAGACGGAGGCUUGCUGUACACGUUUGGAGACGGCAGACAUGGAAAACUGGGCCUGGGAGACGAGAACUUCACCAACCAGUUCAAACCAACGCUGUGUUCCCGCUUCCUCCACUACGACGUUCAGGCCGUGACGUGCGGCGGCUGUCACAUGGCGGUCCUGGCUCGGCCGAGGGACCGCGGCCGCGGCGGCGUGACCCUGGAGGCCGACGACGUGACGGAAGAUUUCCUGGAGAAGCCGUACGUGGAGCUGCUGGGGGACACGGCCGACUCGUCCGCCCUGCAGAGAAGCCUCUCGGCUCGGGUUCGCAGGAGGGAGAGGGAGAGAUCUCCGGACCAGUUCGGCGCCAUGUUCUGCACGCUGCCCACCAUGACGCCCGGCUACCUCCACCCGCCGCUGCCCAUCUCCAGCCAGACCGUCCCGCCCAGACUGCCUCCGCCCGAGCUGACCCACAGAAAGGUGCUGAACGGCACUCACCAACACGGGAGCGCAGGGUCAAACCAUCAGGGGCAGGCGGGGGGCGAGGCAGACAGCAUUGUGGAGAGCCUGACCGAUGCCGACAGCGUUAAGGGCCUGGGAGAAACCACCGACUUCCUCAACAUGACCCACGUGAUGAAGAUGGACCCCCGGGAUCAGACACUCACUCUGUCUCCAGUUCAGAAGAAGAAGGGUAAGCAUGGUAACACCAGUAAAGGGCAGAAAGAGACCCGGGAAGGGGAGAGGAAGCUCUUGAAGCAGAGCGGCUUCUCUUCGACUCCCCGAUCUCACAAAAAGACGAGCGAGGCUGUCUCUCCUCGCCGGGCGUUACCCACCGAGCUCCUGAGGGGCCACGGCGCUCGCUCUCCGGCCUCUCGGAGCCCGCAGAGACCGAAAACAAGCGACCGGAACAAGGAGAAUCUGAUCCUGGCCGUGGAGGAGCUUCAGAGGAAACCCAGUAAAAACACGAGUGUAGGCGACUUUAGGAAGGCAGCGAUCAAGCGGCGGCUCGGGCCAGCUCAGGGGGAAAGUCAGCUGAUAGAAGUUGGCAGGAAGCUUUCAGACUCUAAACAAAGUCCUGAAACCAGAAAGACAGUUUCAGGUGAGUCUGCAGCGGCCAAAGUUAAGCAAGCGCAGCCUAAAGCCGUCAGUGUGAAAAGCAAACCGAUGGUCGUGGGAAGUCAGCAUGCAGGCGUGAGCUCGGCAGGUAAGCGCAGUGACACGGGCUCACCUGGUUUUCACCUGAGAGGUGCUCUGAAUGAAGAGAGCUCAGGCGGCGGCCGACUGCACUCUGAGGUGAAGAAAAACUCAAAAUUUAAAGAGAAAACAGAUUUUUCUAAAAAAUCUAAGGAUGAGAAAAACAAAAAAGAGGCUCAGUCAAAAAAAGGGUCCGAACAUGCAAAGGGAACAGAGGAAGAGGCGUCAGAUCUCAGCCUGCUCGCCGGAACCGCUUCUCUCGCCGCAGGGUCGCUGUUACUGCACGAGGCGGCGUCCAGAAGCCAUUUUAGCUCGGCGUCGCCGUCCCCAUCCGAGAGCAGCCGCGGCGUCAUGAAACACAGCGUGAGGAAAAUGCGGGCCGACGAAUCAGAAUCCUACGAUUUUAGCAACAAAUCCACGGUUAGCAUCAACAUUGUACCUGCACCUGAGAGCUCUGAAGUCAGCACGAGCCAGGACGAGAAGGAAGCGAGCCAGGACGAGAAGGAGACGAGCCAGGACGAGAAGGAGACGAGUCAGGACGAGAAGGAGACGAGCCAGGACGAGAAGGAGACGAGUCAGGACGAGAAGGAGACGAGCCAGGACGAGAAAGAAGCGAGCCAGGACGAGAAGGAAGUGAGCCAGGACGAGAAGGAAGCGAGCCAGGACGAGAAGGAAACGAGCCAGGACGAGAAGGAAACGAGCCAGGACGAGAAGGAAACGAGCCAGGAAGAAAGUGAGGAGGAGCAAACGGGCUCUGCGACAGCCAAGCAGGAGAAGGGAGGGCAGAGAACGAGUACUGACGUAAGUGAGGAAGAAGAGGAGGAGGAUGUCAGUCACAGUAUCGAGAAAGCAACAGAAGAAGAAGAUGAGAAAGACAGCGACACUCUUCAACCAGAAGAGGAGUCGGAAACGGAUGAAGAAGAGGAGGGAAGCGGGGAUGAAGAGGAAGAAGAUGAAGGAAGCGGGACGGCAGGAAGUGACGAUGAUGAUGAGACUGAAGGAAAAGAGAGUGAAGGAAGUGAUGUGGAAGAGGAGGAGGAAAGUGACGACGGUUUGAGUCAUGAGACGGAAAGUAAAGGAGGAGAGUCUGAAAAUGAGGAAGGUGAGGAAGAAGAGGGGGAAUUCGAAAGCGAGGGUGAGGAAGAGGAGUGCGAAAGUGAAUCUUCAAAGUCCUCGGACAGUGAAGAGAGUGAUGUAGAGAGUGAGGCAGAGGAAGGAGAAGAGGAAGAGGAGCAAGGACAGAGUAGUGCUGAGGAGGAAGAGGAGGAAAGUAGUGAGGAAGAAGAGAGUGAAAAUGAAGAGGAAAGUGAGGAAGAGGUGGAAGAGGAGGAAGAAGAUGAAGCUGAAGCAGAGGAAGAGAGCGCUGAAGAAGAGGCAGAAGAGGAAAAAGACAGUGAAGAAGAAGCAACGGAAGAGGAGGAAGAAGAGGUUGAUGACAAAGAUGAAGAGGAGGAGGAGGAGGAGACUGAAGAAGAAGAGGAGGAAGAAGAAGAGGAGGAGGUUGUUCAAAAGAAAAAGUCUGAAGUCAAAAGACAAAGUGCAAAAUCUCAAAGGUCAGGGGUCAAAGGUCAGGCAGCAGGCGAGUCAGAGGAGUUCUGGGAUGAUGUGUUGCCUCAGUACCUCAACCUGAAAUAACACAAAUCCUUCAGACGGAUCCUUUCAGUAUUCUUCCAUGAGUCGAAGGUGACACUGAAACAUUGAAAUGCUUUCACAGAACCGUUGACUCGUGGUUUUAGCCCAAAAUGAAAUGACGCUGUAGGAAAAGUAAUUCUAUUAAAUCUUCUGUGAAAAAAAUUAGAUCGUCAUCUGCAAAGAAAAUCACCAAAAACACCUUCAUCAAAUAGAAAGAUUCAAACUGGAUGAAACUACCAGUUGCUUCUGGAGUCAGUUUCACCGAGAUGACACGAACAAAGAUGAAUGAAUGCUGAUGUUGGGGAGGCAGCUGUUUGCUAACACGUUAGCCGUAGCGGCUAACGUCUCCUCUUGACUGACACAGUUUCUUUUUCCGUGAAAUGUUCGUUUUUUGCACAAAUUUCAGUGUGUUGAUCAGAAUUCUGUUCACCUGAAAGCAUCUGAGGCUCGUCACUUCCUCAGUCUCGUUUCACUAGAAGCUACAAUCACCUGUUUCCAAGUUGGAACGUGAGUUUAGAGUUUGGGGAUGUAGAAAGUCCAACACAAAGACCCAAAUCCCUGUUCUAAUCACACACGGUGCCUUUGUGCUCGUAUUUCUUUCAUUUUAUGUCGCCAUUUCCUCGGUUUUACAUGUGUUGAAUGCUUUUCUAAGUUGCUUUCUGAGCUAAUCCCAUCCAGCCGUCCAUUCAGUGCUAAAAUUUGUCUCACGUUAUGCUUUCGGAGGCUUUGUUUACUUGUUUUUGUGUCUUCUUAUGAAUGAGUAUAUUUGGCUUAAAGAAUAGUUUGUCUUUCCUGCCGCCGGGUGCAUCCUGCUGUGCUCAGCAGCAGUAUUCUGUUACUUUUGGCUCAGUAUUAAAAAACUUCAUCAGAGUAACGAUGUGAUUAAAUAUCCCGACAGGCUGCUUUCAUCCUGCACAUGUUUGUGUGUCUUUAUUCUUUCUACUGUCUUUCUCGGUUUCUGUCUUUUCAUUCAUUUCUGUGUUUGGAAUAAAUGUUUUAUUUCAUUUAUGU